ACCAAUCAGCGUUCGGCGGUAAGUUUCAAAACACAAAUGGCGACGGAGAGAACUGAGGCGCUUCUGGAAAGGACUGACCCUUCCUUCCUGAAAUCAUGCAACACCACCGAAGUGCAGGAAACAGGAGAGGGAGAAAUUAUGGCUCCAUAUCUGAUGGACUGCAGGCGAAAACAGAAGCAUAUAUUCAGACAGCUGUGUGUGGUGGAUGACAUGAUCCAGCUGCUGGCAGGUCUAGAGUCAGCGAAUCAGCUGCUGAAUGAGCCAUGUCCCCAAAACCCAGGUAGUGAAGCUCGUUCUGCAUGGAAGGCAUUAAAAGCUGAAUAUCAAGAGAGAGUUCAGGAGGUGGAGGGGCUGAUCAACACUCUCCGGGUUCGCAUGGAAGAGCUUCAGGGUAAACGGAAGACACUGGAGACUCUACUGUCCAUUCUGCAGCUAAAGAAAGAGGAGUGCAAAGAGAAGGAGAGAAUCACAGCUAAACGAAAUCAGAGGGCUGAGAUGCAGUCCAAAUCCAUAAAGGCUACUGACCGACCAUUAGACACCAAAGCGUCCCUUUAA